AUGUCUCAUCCUGGGACAAUGAAACAAUCACAAGUGGCAGCGGAGCAGACUGUGGACAAACAUAGAAGGGUGAACAUCGGCGGGAACCUGAAUGGUAGAAAAAUCUACAAGCCUAUAGGGAAGGGUAAGAUUCUUCGCGAAUUCCGCAAUCGUGUUAAUAAUAGCAUCUUGGAACUGCCGUUCCUCCCUCCACCUACCGUGUGA